UUUUGAACAGAGUGACGCUAAAAGGGAUCAAAUUGGAUCACAAAAGCACAAUCACUCGACCUAAGAUUAGAAAUGUCGACAAAAUUGUAAACCACAAUGCCAUGGAAGUUAUAUCUGACAGCUCAUCUAUACAUGAAAAUGACAUUUCUUCUAUCGAUGUUACAUCGAAAGUCGCAGAAAUCCUUUGUCAAGGUUACGACAUUUCAAUCGAUGUCAUGAAGAUCGUUUGUCCGACGUUAUUCUUUCCAAAACCUGAAAGGGCUAGUCGAUCCAAUGGCUCUGCGUAUACAAUUAAGAGCAUGGCAAAGAACGAAGAAAAUGAUCAAUUGUCCGAAAACUCGUCAGAUGUACCGAUAAAGCUUGAAGAAACGAACGACUAUGAGACAGGCGGCAAUAGAAAAUGCAUGUGUAACGCGAUGUCGACAGAUUCCGAACAUUUGAUACAGUGCUGCAAGUGCUUUAAUUGGGAUCACGCUAUUUGUUAUGGCUACUGGGGAGAAUCAACCACGAUGUUACAGGCAACACACAUAUGCUUUGCUUGUAAGAAAGAAGAAGGUCAUAUCUUUCCUGCCAUUGAUCAUAAUCAUUUCUCGGAACUGUGUGUCUAUCGACGCGGUCUUCAUCUUCUAUGGAACGACGGAUGGCUUAAGUCUAUUGUCAGGAUAAGUUAUUUGAUGGGUGUUGAUGUCAUACAAGCUCGUAGUGUGCAGAACAAACUAAAGCGUACAGAAUUUCUUUUCAUGGAUAAAUCCAGAAAUCCUAAAUGCAUGCGUACCAACGAGCUUGAGACCCUACUCAGCAAACUGAUUAAUCCUAAGCUUCUCUUGGGAUCGUUGAACUUGGAAGUGGAGCGGAGAAACUCAGAAUCUGACGUCAGGGUUAUACCGGUUGGCACUGAACCACAAUCACAUGAACCAGCCGUCGAAGGAAACCAAGACUUAGAAAAAAGGACGCCUUCCACUCACACGCCACCGGAAUAUCAUCACUCGGAUAUAAAUCCUAGUAUUGGAGGGCUGAAAGUAGCUUUAUCAGAAUUAACAUUAGCUCUGCUAUAAUGUAAUAUGCGUGCAAAAGGAAAAAGAGAAAUGAUGAAUUUUCGUACCUUGCAGUCCAAAAAGGUAUUGGAUCAUUGUGUCAUCAUCGAUUGCUUAAAAUUCCCAUUUCAACCAC